UUACAGGGUGUGAUGCGUUAAUUUGUCAUUUGAUUUGUUCUGAUGGUUUUGAUUACUCUCCGUGAACUACUCUUUUUUCACCUGUGCUCUCCUUUCCUGCAUCAAAGCAUUCUGGCCAGACAAUCGAUUAACUGAGGUAUCUGCAAAACUUGUGAAAUUGAGUGUGUAUCAUUUGCAGAGAUCAAAGUAGGGAUCAGAAGUAAUUUUCUAACCUCACUUCUGAGUGGAUUUAAGAGUACAAAUGGAACCAAUGACGCUUGGAAGCCCCGCGGGCAGUCCGGCAGCAGGUGUGAUGACUCCAGGCAGUGGAUACUUGCCAGCCUUUCUCAUUGGGGAGCAACACAUGCCUUCCUCACCGAGAAACACCACACUUUCCCCGGCCCAGAGUCGUACCCUUGCUUUUGGGGCUCCAUCUCCUAUCGUUCCUACUAGUCCGGAUCUUGGACGGGCGCAACCGCUGCGAAAUUUGUUCAACAAUGAGAGUCCAACGCCCACAGGAAGUUUGUUUGGUAGUCAAAAGGCAAAUGCAGGAGUUUCCGGACCCCCGACACAAGGACUCUUUGAUUCCUUGCGAGAGGAGAAGAAUGCAAUUCCACAAAGUCCCACGCCCACAUUUGAAGGCCUCCUCCAGCACUCAUUGAGAAACCAGACGAUGAACCAUUCUAUUAACGAUAGUUUUGCUCUGAAUGCGAGUGGAAUGAAUUUGUCCAGACUACAAUCGCCGGGAACGAGCUGUGAUUAUCUGGAUGCGAGUCGGAGCGUCCUGAGCCUGGACAAGCAGUGUGAUUUCUGGGUGACGGUAUUUGGCUUCCCUCCGAGCGCCCUAUCGAUGGUGCUCAAUCACUUCUCGCAAUGCGGAACGAUCGUGGACAAAUCGUUUCCACCUCAAGCCGGAAACUGGGUGCAUCUCAAGUUUACGUCUCGACUCGAAUGCAACCGUGCCAUCAACUUCAACGAGAAGAUCAUCGCCGGGAGUCUAAUGAUUGGCGUCACGCAGUGCCGAGAUCCUGAUCUACUGACUAGAGAGCAUCAAUCAAUCCUCGAGAACGGAUACAGUCGCGAGCGUCCCCUUGCGCACAUCGCUUAUAAGAACGCCCACAGCCCAAUCGACAUCGUGCCCAAUCUCACAACACCCAAACGCACUAGCAGCAUCGUCAACAAGGCAAUGGACUUCUUCUUCGGAUGAUAAGGUUUUCUUUGAUUUGCCUAAUAAGAAAAAGCUUCUUCUGGACGCUCUACGUUUUUAGAUAUUAUGGAUUGGUUUUGCUUUAUUCUUGAAUAUAAUUAAAUAUGAAAAGCCUGCUAUCUCUUAUGUAUUCUUAGUUCAAAAAUUGACUUUCAAAUAAAUGCAAAAUAACAAGAAAUAAUUUCAUCAAAUAUUUAUUGCUGUUUUACUUAUAUUUGUGUCUUCUCAAGCGUCGUUUGGCACUGCUAUAUUUUGAUAGUAGCUUAAUUGUUGCAAGAUAUUGUUAUAUAUUUGAAAGGAAUAAAAUUUUUAUAAAAAAUUAUGAAACCGUUGAUUUUAAA